AUGUUCGGGAAAGGCGAGCUGUACAACAAGCUGCUGCAUCAACUUCAAAACCUGCAGCAUAUGCCAGCAGCUUACGCGAUAGACACACUGCUCGUGUUUGAAGAGGGUGCAUUGCCCUGUUUGUAUCACACACAAAGACUCCACAUCUGCAGUCAGAAGUUCCAUGCAUUGUGGUUCAAAACGUUAUUCUCAGUUUUGUUGUAUCAAUUGAAGAGCAAUGACCCACAAUUUUGCUUGCAGAUUCGAGGUACUUUGAAGAGCUGGACCAAAUUCUGGUGUGUGCUCAAACCUGGCGUUCUGCUCAUUUACAAAACACCCAACAUCGGCCAGUGGGUGGGGACCAUCCUUCUCAACACCUGCGAGCUCAUUGAAAGACCGUCCAAAAAAGAUGGCUUCUGUUUCAAACUUUUCCAUCCUCUGGAUCAAUCCAUCUGGGCAGUGAAGGGUCCAAAAGGUGAGAACGUGGGAUCGAUAACACAGCCGCUGCCCAGUAGUUACCUGAUCUUCCGAGCUGCCUCUGACUCGGAUGGUCGUUGUUGGAUGGAUGCUCUGGAAUUAGCUCUGCGGUGUUCAAGUCUUCUCAAACGCAGCACAGUCAAGGAUGGUGAUCUCAAUAACUCCAUGGAUGCAACUCACUCAGGACUGCACAGUCUACUACAAGGCUUCAGUUCCACUCACCAGGGGCACUUCCAUUCAAGCGAUGCUGAAUUUGCAAGCCACGUUCAGUACAAAGAUGUUGACAUGUAUUCUGACAAAUCGGACCGAGAGAAUGAUCCUCACCACGAUGAGCUGGAAAAUGACACAAUCGACAAGAGCAGCAGGAGUGAGGAAAGUGACACAGACCUGUCUGAAAUCCAGGGGGAGAUGAAUAGGAAGGCCUUGCCAGAGAUGACUUACUUGGCAGAAGAUUCAGAGGACUUUGGAGAAAUUGGUGAAACCUCUCAGGCUGAAACCGUGACCGAAGAGAACAAGAGUCUGAUGUGGACAGUGUUGAAGCAACUCCGACCGGGAAUGGACCUAUCUCGUGUUGUGUUACCAACGUUUAUCCUGGAACCUCGGUCAUUCCUGGACAAAUUGUCUGACUACUACUACCAUGCUGACCUACUGUCUCAAGCUGCUCUGGAAGAGAAUGCGUACAGUUGCAUGAAACAGGUUCUGCGAUGGUACCUCUCUGGGUUUUACAAGAAACCAAAGGGUCUAAAAAAACCAUACAAUCCUAUUUUGGGAGAGACUUUCCGCUGCUACUGGUACCAUCCCAAAACUGACAGUCGGACAUUUUAUAUUGCAGAGCAGGUAUCGCAUCACCCCCCCAUCUCUGCCUUUUACAUCAGUAACAGGAAGGACAAUUUCUGUAUCAGUGGCUCCAUCCUGGCUCGCUCCAAGUUUUAUGGGAAUUCAAUGUCUGCCAUAUUGGAUGGGAAAGCACAACUACGAUUCCUUAAUAGACACGAGGACUACAUUAUCACCAUGCCAUAUGCACACUGUAAAGGGCUUUUGUAUGGAACACUAUCCCUAGAGAUGGGAGGGAAGAUAAUGAUUGAGUGUGAAAAAACUCAGUACAGAGCAGAGCUUGAAUUCAAGUUGAAGCCCUUCCUGGGAGGCAGUGAUGCUGUGAACCAGAUCACAGGAAAGAUCAUGUUGGGAGAGGAGAUACACGCCACACUCGAGGGACACUGGGAUCGGGAUGUGUAUAUCCAUGAAAAAAACGCUGGAUGCUCUGUUAAAUUCUGGAGUGUCACCAGUGAGAUCCGAAAACAGCGUUUGGUGCGGCAUGUUGUGUGUUUGGAGGAGCAGGACGACUUUGAGUCUGAAAGGCUGUGGCAGCAAGUGACUAGAGCAAUAAAGAACCGUGAUCAGGAACAGGCGACGCUGGAGAAAUUUAUUUUGGAGGAAGCACAACGCAAAGCUGCCAAAGAACGUAAUGAUAAGCAUGAAGACUGGGUGCCGCGACUAUUUCAGCAGGAUGUGGCAACAAAGAACUGGCAGUAUAAAUUCACAGAUGCCAGUCCCUGGAAUCCAACAAAUGACAUUGUUCAAUUUGAGAAGGAUGGAAUCAUCCAGACAAAUGUUCGGCACCAAUCAAUAACAAUCAAGUCAACAGAUGCGAUCAGCAACAACAGUCAAAUAAGACGGCAGGUCUCAGUUCAGGAAUAUAUUGGGUGCAAAACCAGUGAUUGCUCAGCACCAAAAGGGUCACAGAACACGGAGAGCAGUUGUUCAACACCAGAACCAGUGCAAGAUGACUCAUCCGAUGAGGGUAGGUGCUCUACUUCCCUGAAAAUUCAAAAGGAGCUCUUCAUGUUGCAACACUGUCUUCAAAUAGCACAGGACCUGGUACAAUGUGAUUGGGCUGGAAUAUCCGUUAUCCUGAGCCAAGUACAGAUCACUUACAGCAGGCUUAGGCCUGGUGGCAAUCACUUGGCAAUCAAGCUGCCUGACUGACCCGAGUUUCUCCAGCACUUUCGGUUUGUAUUUCAGAUAUCCAUUAUACCCAAUACUUUGCUUUAGUUUGAGCAUCAAUUAAU